AUGACAACCUUCAUGAAUUUCCUCUCCUCUCCCCUCUCCCCAACCAUCAACCACUCCGUCCCCUAUAUCCUCACAAACUGGACACUUUCAUACCUCAUCCUCGCCCCUCGUCACUGGAAACAAUAUUACGGCUUCGAUCACAAUGAGUCUCCGCGUUAUGAUAUUGAACAAUAUGGAGAACGAAUGGUUUUAGAGGGGAAACUUACAAGGAGGCAAUUGGAUCGUGUGAAGAGGGUGCAGAGUGCGCAGAGUAAUAGUAUUGAGCAUUUUGGGGUUUUUGUUGGAUGUAUUCUCCUAGCUCAACAAGCAGGUUUACCAGUUCAAAUUAUUAAUAAAUUUGGAUUUUAUUAUAAUUUGGCGAGGAUAGGUUAUGGAUUUGCGUAUACGUUUUUGGAGACGAGAAAUUUGAGUGUGUUGAGGUCGGCGUUUUGGUGGUGGGGUAAUGUUAGUUGUAUUGGGAUUUUGUUGGAGGCAGGUUGGGCGCUUAAUGAGGGGGUGUGA